AGGUACCACAGAGUAUAGCAUCAUUUAGUAUUCAGUAUUUAGUAUUUACUUAGAGGUUGUCAUCAACGCAAAUCCACAUGGUACGGAAUUAUUUGUUGUACUUGAAACAAUAAUCGCUGAAUACUGUUCAAUCAAAACUUAACGAUUGUCAUUUCUAUACCAAUCAACUAGUAAGUCUUCGAUAUUUACGAUUUCUAUUUGUCAGUCAAAUUAUACUUAUUUUGAAUUAUUUUAUAAUGAUAUACAGAAGUAUAAUACCUACCUAUCUGUUGUAAUAUUUCAAUGUCUGCUUCGUACCUAUGUACUCCACUUCUGUUUUAAUUGUUCUUGUAUUUAGUCUAUUUAAAUGAAGUAUUCAUUAUUUCGUUUUUUUGGCUAAAGUGCCACGCCCUUCACGAAUUUCAUAAUUUCAAGACUCGGGAUUUUUUGUUGUGGAAACCAUAAUUAAAGAAUUUGUGGUUAAAAAAACUAACAUAAAUGCAAUGCAGUUUUGUAACAUUGCUCGUUUUUUGAUUUUCAAAAUAUGUAUAUAAAGUACUGAAUUAAAAAUAUUUUAAAAAGUUUUCACACUUCUCAGAAACUAGAAUAGUGUACCUACUAUUUGUCGGUUUUAUGAUUUUAUAAGUUCAACAUUAGUUAGUGAUGUAAAAAUAUGUAUUAAAAAAAAAAUCUGAAAUUUGUUAGGGGUGUGGGUGUGGUUAAGUGAACAUAUUACAUAUUCCGUAACAAAUUAAAUAUAAUUUAUAAACUGGUUUUAUAUGGUUACUAAAUGAUAAAAUUAAUUCAAUACUUUUCUGAAAAGAGCGAAAACGUGAUUAAUGAGAUUCUUCAAAUAAAUAGAUAGGUAGGUAAGUUAUAUAAGGAUUUAGUAGUUUUUUUUUGAAAUACCUACCUUUAUCAUUUUGAAAUAAAGUUAAUUUCGUGUAACUAACUCGUUAUUCACUAUUGUAAAAAAAAAAAAAAAAAAAACUAGAAUGUUGUAAGCACAUUGAAUUAUAAGUGAAAUUGUAGUUUUACUGUUUGUACAAUAUUUAUAUAAACUUAAAUUUAUAUUUUGAAAUUAUAAAUGAAUAAUUAAAACCAUAUACAAUAUGAAUAUAAAUACACAAUUAUUGCAAAACUUCUGUUUUUAAUAUUUUCGAUGAACCUUAAAAAUUCUAGUUCUACUGUACUGAAAAAUACAGUUUUGUAAACAAAUUUUAAUGUUGAAUUAUUUAUUAAAGUUAUGAGUUUAAUUUGUAUUAUUUUAAUAUGUAUUAUAUAUUCAGUGUGGUGUUAUCAAUUUUUGAGAACUCAAAACCUAUUUAUAUUAUUAAAGAUUAGGUAUUGAUUAUUAAAUAUUAAAUAAUUCCUUGGAGAAUAAUUUAAAUCUAUUUAGAAUAUGUUUAAUACUUAUUGCUUUGACAAUUUUUAAAUGGUAAAACUUUUGUUAGUGAUCAUUUUGUUUGGCCCCAUCAAGUGUUAAGCCUCUAUAGCAGUGGUCUUCAACUGGUGGGUCGCGACCCAUUUUUGGGUUGCCUAAGCUUAAAAAUAGGGUCGCGAUAAGUUUUCUUUUUAAAAUAAAAAUUUUAUACAAGUUUAUAAAAGUUUAUACAAUUAUAUAAGGUAUACAAAUAAUUGUUUAAUUAUUAAACCUAGAAAAUUAAUACAUGAAAAUACAGUUUGAAAAUUAUUGUAAUAUAUUAUUUAUAAACAAUAUUAUAUAAUUUAUAUUGAAAAAUAUAAUAGUAUAAUGGAUUUCAAAUCACAGUAUAUGUUUCAUUUACUGGUAUGAUUCUACGUAGUAUGACAUUAAAUAUAAUAAUUUACGAGUAAACCGGGCUAGUAAUAAAAUAAAUAUAUUAUAUUAUUAUCGUUAAAAAGUCUCAUAAUCUACGAACAUUAUAUAUGUUGUCGUUGUGUUUAAAGAUGAAUAAAUGUUAGUCGCGUUAUUAUUCUAGUCAUUUACAUAUACUUUAAAAAGUUUUUUAUUUUUAUUUAUUCUGUUAUAACAGUACUAAUACAAAGUAUUAAGUAAUUUUAGAUUUUGUUUUUUUGUUUUUCUACAAACGUUUUUCUUUAUGUAUGCCUUAUAUGGGUCGCGAAUAAUGAAAAGUAAAAAAGUAGGUCGUGAAUCGAAAAAGGUUGAAGACCACUGCUCUAUAGGACACCUCUAAAUAGCAGUCACUAUUUCUGGUCUCUUCGGUGACCAUUAUAUGGAAGUUUUACUGUAUUUAUAAAAAUAUUUUCUUUAACAUUUUGUUAAACAGCUAUUAAUUAUUUACUAGGCAUUUUUAAAAAAUUGACAUGUUACCUAUUGUUAUUAUCUCAAAAAAACCUUUUUCUAAAAAUUGUUAUUUUGUUUUAAAACCACUACAGAAAAAGCGAUCACUAUUACAUAUGUCAGAUAAUAAUGGUUAUACAUUUUAUUCUUAUAUAAUUUACAGUUUAUAGUCUACCUUUACUUUUAAAUUUUACCAUAAUAUAUUGUGCACUAAAUAUACAUAUCAUAAGUCCAAUUUUUGGUAGUUAUCCUGACUGCCGUAAGUUUCAAUUCUGUUAUCUUGAUUGUUGACAGCCGUCAUUUCUGUUGUCUGCACUGUUAAAAGUUAGUUAAGUCGAAACUAUUAUUUAUACAAAAUUCCUAUUUUUAAAUAAUUAUGUAUCUUUGGAGUUUACCGAACAGUGAAAAAGAUGCCCUUGAAUUUUUUUUCAAAAGAAUGGUUUACUUCUAAAACACUGAAUGCAAAAGCGGUCAUAAAAAAAAAAAACUACAUUGGGGAAAAUGCUUUUUUUGGAAAUGUAACGCAAAGACAUGGCAACAUAAAAGUAAUACAAAUAUGAGUAUAAUUAAUUAUAAGUAAUAAAAAUUGAAAAAUAUUUACAAAAAUGGGUUGCCAAAAAUAGAAUUUCAGAUAUUUUAUUUUAACUGAUAAUUUUUAAAUUUUAAAUUUUAUAUUAUAAUUCCACUGCUGUGAUAAUUUAUGUAACAACUAAUAAUAAAUGUUAUACUAUAUUAUAUUAUACUUAUAUUAAACUAUGAAGUCUGGCUGGUAGUUAUGGCUUUGAAGACAGUAGUCAAGAUAACGAAAUUAAAACUUGUGGCAUCAGGUAGCUGUCAGGAUAUUGGAAAAAUACCCAAUUUUUUUUUUUUUAUUUAAAUUGUUUGCAAUUUUGAGGAAAACUCGGAUGAUAAAAUUUAUUCCAGAGCGUAAGUAGUUCUGUUUGAACUUGUAAAUAAAGGGGAAAAAAAUCAAAAUUAUAAUGUAUUUAUUUUUUAACAGUAAAAAUAAAUGUAUAAUUUUAUUUUAAUCAUAGAGUUUAUCAAAAAAAAUCACAAAUCCUUAUUUACAAUGUUACCUAUAUAAACAGUUUGUAAGUUAAACACAAUGCUGCAUAAUGUUUCGUGUGUCCUAAAAGUUAAUAGUUAGAACCUAAUCAAUGUAUUUUCCAUAUAGUAUAUUGAGCAGUCCUAAAAGAAAUAAUAACUUGUUUGUUUGUUUGUUUUAACAAAAAGUGUAUAUUUUUUUACAUAGAAUUUACACUAUGGUGUAGAUUAACACCUACACAUUUGAUAGUGUGGCUAAAAUGAGUAGUGUAUUUCUUAUCUAUAAUGUAGUAUAAAGUGUAAAUUUUAUGUAAAAAAGUGUACACCUUUUGUUAAAAUGAACAAAGCUAAAAUGUAGCAGAAACAAAACAGUUAAGACAAAUUAUAGAAAAUAGUUUAAUUUUAUUUGACUUUAUGCAUAAGAAUUUUAUUCUAAGUGCAAUUCAUGUAGUACAAUAUUUAUUGUAUUUAAAUUAUUUGACUCAUUAUAAAUAUCAUUAAUAUUAUUACAUUACUAUAUUGACAUAUUUUAAUGCAUAUUUUUAGUACUUAUUUAUCUGUUAGUUACGUCAGUUUUUUAAAACUUAAGUUUGCCAUUUUUUGUUUCAUAUUAUUUACAAUACUUAAGUCUAUACAGAGUGUGAUAGUACUAUUUAACAAACUAAAUACAUUUUUUUUCUAUUAAAUAUUUUUAAGUUUUUUUUUUUCAAUAUUUACUAUUAGAAUAUUUACUCUGAACUAUAAUAUGUAUAUUUAAUAUUUUCUUUUAUUACUUUACAAAUAAAAAAUUAAGAUUUUUUUUAUAAUCAAAGACAGAUAUUCGGUAAAUUAAUUUUAAAAAAUAAUGUUAUUAUAUUAAUGAAAAAUGAAAUGCAUUUAUUAGACUCACAGCUUAAAUUAAUAUGAUAAAAAUAUUAUCAAAUCAUGUAAUAUUUAAUUAAAAAAUUUAAUUAAGCAUGUAAAAAAUGUUACAUUUCAUAAAAUUAAAAAUGAUUGCUCCACUAUAGUAAAAAUUGUUGAUACCAAAAUUUUUCUAAAAAUUAGAUUUACAAAAUAGUUGUAAAGGUUUUUUAAAAAAUAUUUAAAUUAUUGCACUAAGAUGUAAUGAUAAUUUAAAAAUAUCUAAUAGAAAAAAGUUUUUACAUUUUUUAAAUAGCCCUGUGACACUUAACAUACAAUCCAAAGUUUUAACUAUUUUUCUUGAUAGCCAAAUCAACUUAUUUGAUUAUUUUGUUUGGUUAUUUUUACAGUUUAUUUAACAAAUAUACAAAUAUUUAUAUAGGUAUAUUGUAUAUAUGUUUAUAAUUGUUCAUUUUUUUUUCAGUACAUACCUACUAGUGUAUUGUUAGAUAAUGAAAAUGAAGCGCAAUUUAUCUAAUAAUGAUGAUAAAAAAAAUAAGUUCCCAAAACUGGAUACUGAAAAUACAAUAGACUAUACUAAAUCAUUGACAUCUGAAAAUGUAGAAACAAUUGAUAUUGAUGAUGAAGUAACAGAAUUGAAUAAUGCUGAAAAACCUAAAAAAAUUAAGUCUGCAAAAAAAGACCAAGCUUCUAAGAAAACCGAUGUUCAGCCUGAAAAAGACAAUAAGUCGCCAAAGAAAAGUAAAGGAAAACCAAAUACUUCUAAAGGUAUUUUAUGAUUAAGGUUUUAUAAAUGUUAUUUAAUAUUAAGUAUUUUUAUUAUUAUUGUUGUAGAUGAUAAGCCUACUGAAAAACCUAAUUGGAAAGAAUUUAAAAAAGAAAAACAGGAGCUCAAACUUAAACGUAAACAACAAAAAUGUCCAUUUUUCGAAACUGUUAAAAAGUCUAAACAACUUUGGGAAAAUUUGCGACGUGAUGAUUGUCCUAAGGAAAAAAAGGAAGCUUUAUUGCAGGAACUUUUUACGUGUUCUAAAUCUCAUUUAGAAACAGUAAGAUUGCUUUAGUUAAUUUAUAAUAAACAUAUAGGUUAAUAAAUUAAUGUUUAUUUAUAGAUGGUAUAUUCACAUGAUACUGCUCGUAUAGUUCAAUGGAUGUUGAAACUAGGCACUCCUGAAAUUCGAUCGCAAGUUAUAAAUGAGUUAAUAAAACAUGUCCCUAAAAUGAUACUCUCAAAGUAUGCAUGCUUAUGUGUAAAAAAUAUGCUGAAGAGAGGUGAUGCAGAACAAAGAAAAAUCAUGAUUAACUCACUGAAAGGAAAGACUUAUGAACUAACUUUACAUUCAGUGAGUAUAUUAUCUAUUUGUAAUCAUUAGUUAUUAUUUUUGAAGAAGUAUUAAAUAUUCAAAAUUUAAUUAUUUAUUCAGAAUGCUGCUAAAAUUAUGGAUCUGAUUUACACAACUUAUGCAACACUUGAACAGCAGAAUGUUAUAAUGCAUGAAUUAUAUGGUGCAUCAAGUAUUUUAUGUGAAUCGCCCAAUGUAUUAUCAUUUUCUGCUGUAUUGAAGAAUUCACCUAACACAAAAGACAUUAUAUUGGCAAAGACAAAAGAUCAUAUUAAGAAAUUUGUUUUAAAGUAAUUAUCUCAUCCUUCAAAUGUUUAGUAUCAGAAAAUAAAAAUACUUCAGAAUUUUUUGAUUUUCCAAUCGAUUUUCAAAAUAAUUGGGAAAAACAAAAACAUUUUAUGAAAAUAGUAGUUUUAUUAUUUUCAAUUUUGUAAUUUUGCUGUAAUUUAGUUAAAAAUAUUCAUAGAGACUAUAUUAUAUUUGCCUUUUAUAGACAUGGUAAAAUUUUCUAUACAUUUGAGCCAUUUCUGAGCUAUUUAUAGACAUAAUUUUGCAAAAUUGUAUAUAAUUUUUUGAAAUUUAACAUGAGAUUUAUUGUAAGUUUUACUUAGUGGUCAACAAAAAAAAAUACUUUUUAUACCAGCUGAACUUAUAAUAAGGGUUGAAAGUAAUAUAAUAUAUUGUAUUAUAGGUAUAGAUUAUUGAUUAUAAUGUUGAAUAAUAUAUCUGUUAAUUAAUUAUUAGCUACACAUAUUUUUUUAAAAAUGUUAGGCCUAUAAUUAUUAAAUCUUUUUUUUUUUUAUUCAAUUCACUUUUAAAAAAAUAUAGAAUCAAUAAUAAUAAUAACUUAUUUAUAAUGAUUCAUAAUCUAUACUACUAUAUAAAAUGAAGUCUCUUUUUUUUGUUCGGGAUAAACUCGGAAACUACUUAUUCAGUGCAAAGAAAUUUUUUAAGUCUUUGAAUUAUCAAAAUACUGGCAUAAUUCAUAUCUUUUGUUCCAUCCAUAGUUACCAUACCUACAAAAUUUACAUACACGAACUCUAAUUUUAGUGCUUCGUACAUUAAAUCUAUUAAAUAAAAAAAAUUUGCAAUAAGCAUCAAUUUUUUUAUUGACACAACCGAUAUAAGUUUUUUUCAACAUUAUGAAGAAUCCGCGGUGGGGAUGCUAAAUUUAUAUGGUUACAUUACCACGGAGACAUGACUAAAAGUGGUCUAAAAUAAAAAUAAUCAUCCAGAAAAUAAAUAGCAAAUUAAUAUUUGAGAAAUCUUGCAAUGGGGAAGCAUUGCCGGGUCAGUUAGUAUAUUAUAAAUAUUAAAAAUAUUUUUAUAUUACUAAUUUAGCUUAAAAGUGGACAAUUGCCUAUUUAUUAGAUAUCUUUCUAGAGUUUUUAGAGUUCUUAGAGUUAUCAUUGCAUUCUAUGAAUAAGGAAAUUCACCUCGGGGGGGGGUAACAUAUUUAUAUAAAUAUUAGAACUCAAAAUGAGUUUCAAUUGAUUUUGAUAACAGUGAAAAAAACAUGUAUGAUUUACAUACAUUCACCCAAUAAUGGAGUUCACAUUUGUACUAAUAAAAAAAAAUGUUUAAAUGCUUACUAUACAAGGUGUAACAGUACUAUUUGACCUUUUUACAUUGUAGUUAUAUGUAAAAUUGUCAAAUAGUCCUGUUAGAACAGGUAUAACAGGUAUAUCUGUAUAAGAGACUGAUUAUUAUUAUAUUUAGGAAUAAUUUGUUUUUAAUUAUUUAAUUUUGUAUUUAUUUUUUUGGUUCCAUUGUGAAUUUUUAGUAAUAUUAUUGAAACCAGUUUCUAUCCUUGAUUUAUUUAUCUUAUACUGAUAGUUCUUUGAUAUUUAUACUACAUAUUUAAUAAGUUUAUGGUUUAUGGGAACCCUUAAUAAUAAUAGUAUUGUAUAAAUUGUAUACCAAAAAUUAAAGAUCAUUUAAUCUCAACUUUUUCUGUAUAUAUUAUUUUAGACAAAAGAGCUCUAUGCAGACUUCUUUAGUUCACAAUUUGAUUUAUGAAUACGUACUGUACACUGAAGGCAAAGAUUGUGAUGAACUAUUUACUUCUCUUAAAGAAUUUCCAAUAGAAUUAUUUUACACUUCCAAAAGUGGUUGUUAUCUUGCAAUGUAUAUAAUUUGGUCAUCGAACCCUAAGGUAAUAGUCUUUUUUUAUUUACAUCAAACAUAUUCUUAUGUAUAAUUAUUAAUUGAGAUAAACCUAAAUGUAUGUAAUCAAAAAAAUUAUGCGUCUAGGAGAAAAAGACUAUUUUGAAGCAAAUCAAAACCACUGGAGCUACUCAAGACUUGGCCACAUCAGAAUAUGGUUAUUUAAUUUUGUUGGCUCUUUUUGACUCUGUUGAUGAUACAGUUUUAGUAAAAAAGGUGAACAAUAAAAUGUUAAUAAUUUUUUUUAAGAAAAAAAAAUUUAGUCUGAUAUUAUCAUUGGAUGUGUUUUUGUAUUAUUGAAAUAUAAAUACUAGUUAUGAAUUUUUGAUUAUUUUAGACCAUAAUUCCGGACAUUAUAAAAAAUAUGGAUGAAAUCGCUACAAAUGAAUAUGGCCGUAGGGUAUUAUUCUACUUGAUAGCUUGGAGAGAUUCUACAUAUUUUCAUCCUCAAGAUAUUGAGCUGUUAAAAAAAGGAGACUUGAUUAAAGAAUGGUAAUAUAUUGCCAUUUAUUGUGUAAAUUAUCUUUGAAUAUUAUACUAUUAUUAUUUUAAAUGUUUACAGUAAAAAAGAUAGCGAAUUGCGUGUGAAUGAACUGUUAUGUACAGUUUCCGAUCAAUUUCUUCAGCAUAUUAAAGAGAAUCCUCAAUUUUGGUUAAACAAUGGGUCUAUUGCUAUGCUGUUACUUGGUCUUCUAAAAUCUGGCAAUGGUAAUUAUAAUUCAAUUGAAUUCUAAUUUUUUUUAAUCUAAAAUUUCUUACUUUGCAAUUAAAAUAUGAAGAGAAUGACUAUCUGUACAGGAUCCCUACUGUACACCUCUUGUAUUGAUUGAUGACUAUAUCAGUUAUUGCUAUCUACUUGUAUUAUAAUUUAUAACAACAAAUGUAUUAUAAAAUACUAAUAUAGGCUUAAAAUGUAUUUAAAAUAUUCAAGUAACUAUUUUAUCUCUUUUAAAAAAGUAUAUAGUACAUAAAAAAUAAGGUGUUUUGGCAUUCUAAACAGUUAAGUUAUUAAGUUUACAGUCACAUAUUCGGGUUAGUAGACUGAAUCCAAUAUAUUUGAUAACACUAUCACAAAUCAUAAUUCACAUUAUUUAAUUUUCAACUUCAAAUUUUUUUUUGGCUGUGUACUCGUGUUUUUCAGAUUUCAUAUGAUAAUUAACUAAUUAUAAUAGAACAAUGUUGAUAUAUUAUAUUGAAUUAGGUACUUUGUCUCCAGUUUUACAAAAAACUUCUCCAUUUUGAACUUGAUUAGACUGACCCUUAUCUUCAAUAUAUUCAAUGAAAUAAUAUUCCAUUAUAACAACUAAUUUUUAUAAUAAUUAGUAUAUAAGUUAUGAAUAAUACCAAAUCGAGAAUUAAAAUUAAAAUUUUUAUAUUCACAAAUAUCACAGUGUUAUUUAGUCAUGUUUAUCAAGGUUAAAUUUUAGUAAUCAAACAAAAGAUGGUUACAAAAUUCACUAAACAGCUUACUAGAAACAGUAACCAACUUAUGAAAGGUGGUUACAACGCUAAAACACAUCUAUUGCAUUAGAUUAUUGUUUUCCAUAAAUAUAAAUAUUAGUAUUAUUAAGUCUUAAUUUAUUUUUUAAAGGAGAACAACUCAAAGAAGCAAUGACAUCGGUAGCAAAGUUUUUUGUGGACCCCAUCAAUACAAUCGAGGAAGAAAAAAUACAAGUUCCUUUAUAUGAACAUGCUGGUCUUCAUAUGGUAUUUAGAAAGAUUAUUGGUCAUGAUCAUAUUUUGGAAAAAAAUAAUGACAGUAAGAUUAAUUUUUUAUUGAAAAAAUAUUUAUAAACUUAUGUAUGUAUGGUAUUUUUUCAGUUACGUUUUCUGAAAUUCUGUCUUCAUUAAUUACUGAAAACACAUUAACUUCGUGGGUUCAAUGUAAUCGUGCAUGUUUUUUGCUUGUUGCGUAAGUUUUAAAUAUCUUAAAUUACAACAAUUUAUUUAAAUAACAUAAAUGUUUUUGUUUUAGAAUGAUGGAAUCAAAUAUUGAGUUAGCUGCACAAAAUAUAACAUCUUUAUUGAAAAAAAUGCCAAUAGAUAUGUUACAAAAGCAAAAGUUUCCUGGAGCUAAAAUCUUAGCUUCUAAAUUAAAACUAAGCAUGACCUAAUUCAUACUGAAUUUAUGUUUUUCAAAUGCCAUCUAUUUAACAUUUAGUUAUUAGAAAAAAAAAAAAUCCCAAUAUUUUAUAAGUGUGUAUAAGAUGAAUCUUAUUUAGUAUUAAUAUUAAAGUUUUUUUUGAUUAUUUCUAUCAUUUAUAAUAAGUGAACAUUGAUUGAUGUAGAUAAUUAAUAUCAUCUUAUUUUAACUUAAAUUUUUUUUAGAUGUUGGUAAAUUGAUAAAUGUUGACACAAUUAAUAUAUUUUUUUUUUCGAAAAGUAUACUUAUGACAAAAAUGUACAUUUUUUGUCAAACAGAAUAAACUAAUAUCAAUAAAUUUCUAAUUAUAAAAAUAAUCGUAUGAAUUGAAAGUUUUCAUAAAAUAUUUAUAUUACUAAAUAGCAUUCUAAAAUUAUCAAAUUCUAAUGUUUUUUGAUAUCAUUAACUUAAGUUUUUGAAUAUUUUUGGUUUUAUUUUAUGUGGAUAAAUUUGCUUUGGUUUUGAUUAUAUACUGGUUUCUCAUAAGUUAUAUUAAUUUACUAAUAUUGAAAAUUUGUAGUUACAAUUUUUUAUCAAUUUUUUUAUUAGAAGUUCAAAUGUAUGAUGAAAUUAAUUAUAACUAUGAACAAUUGUAAUUUAUUUUGUAGUUAUAAAAUAUUAAUUUUAAAUUUAUUAAAAUUUAAGUGAACUUCCUUAUAAUCAUUGAUUUGAAUCUAAUGAUUUUUUUAGUGUAUUCAGUAGUUUAUAUAAACUAAGUUACCCUAUUAUUUGAGUUCAUUUUAUUAUAUGAACAAUUGGUAGUAAACUUUUAUAUAAAUUUUAUUUGUAAUACUUUUAAUACUAUUCAUAUGUUACAGUUAGUGUUGCAUCAUUUAGUAUAUGAAAUUAUCAAAACUUAUUGUAAUGUAUACAAUUUUUACUUUAAUUAAUUGUUUUAUAUAUUCCCAUUUCUCAAGCCCUUAAUGUGUUAAAUUGUAAAAUAUUGUUAUUUUACUGUUCAAUAUAUGUUCAGUCUGAACAAUAAUUUAGUUAAGGAUGAUGGUAUUCACUAAGUCCGUGUGUCUUUAUAGUGUUAUUAAAGAUUAUUGUAUGUAGAUUAUGUGUGUUAAUCACUUAUCCUGUGUGUUUUUGUAUUUACUGUCAAUUAUUGCAAAUUUUAAAGUUUAAUAAUCAUUUUGCACUGUUUGUCUGUCUCCACUUAAUUAUUUUAAAUAUUACUUAAUAAAUAAAUACAUUUAAAGAAUAAAAG